UGGAAAAUCCCCGGCGGCAUUACGGAAAAGUCGGUUUUCCAGUCAGUUCCAGUUGAAGUGACAAGGUUGACAUAGUUGUUAUUUACGUGUUAGGUCGUCUGUCGUUAUCAAGAAAACGAAACAAGAAAGAACAUUGUAAUAAUUCAAGUGGUAUGGAAGUUUUGUCCACAAUAGAACGCAAAACUCCCAAUAAAUAUCCAAUAGGAGUUGGUUUGAGACCAUUUGUGAAGCCGGAAUGUUUACAUGCACGUCCAGGUGAUCUGAUAGAGAUAGACCGUACAAUUUUCGCCGAAUGGGGGUUGUAUUUUGGAAAAGGAGAAGUUGUCUUAUUGGGUGGUGACUUAAUGAUAGGAAGAACUUCCUCCACAAAAGUUGUUAAAAGAAAACUAACAGACAUGGGUAACGUUCUUGUGCGCGUGAACAAUAAGAAAGUACCUGCAAAAAAUCGUUCGCUUAUUUCAUUAAAGGCAAAGACGAUCAUUCAAAAUGUGAACAAACUUAUCGGAAAGACAGUUGAAUAUAACAUUUUAAGUAAAAACUCAGAACAUUAUGUAACAGAAUGGAAAUAUGGACAUGGCUGGAGUGAUCAGUCAAGAACAGCACUUCAAUCCAUGACAAUAUUUUCUACGCCACCUUCACCAAAAGAUGCUGGUUUCGCUCAUGAAAAACUAUCAGAAAGUAUAAAGAGUAUCCUACAAACACAGAACUCUAUUGAAGAUCUACAGUCUUCUGGUGCAGGAACUUGAAGUCCAUUCUAUUUUUACUCUAUUGGGAGUUUACUGCCGACACAGAAGUUAUGUGCAGAGAAUGAGAUGUCCGUUCCCAUGGUGAAGAUACCUAAAGAUAGUUUAUCAACACUAUUUGAACUCUAUAAACAAGGUGCUACCUACAUCAAUGACAUUAUUAUUUUAACUCAUGUGAAUCAUGGUGAAUAAGUCCUCUGGAAAAAAAUACAUCAAGUCCAUUUAUCAACUCUGUAGAAAAGCAGUUUACCAUGUACAUCAUUAUUUAACAUGUUUAACACAAAAGUAUGGUGAAGUGUUUUGUCCUCUGUAAAAAUACAUGUACCUAGGGUCCAUUUUUCAGCAGACUAGAAAUGUUAUUGACCUUAAAAUCUGAUAGUAAAGAUACUUAAGAAAGAGUCCAUUUUUCAGCAGGUUGACUUGAUUUUUUUCCCCGGAUAAUACGACUUACAAUUCUAUUGAAAAUGUGUGAUCUGUUUUUUGAUGACUCUGAAGAUUGGUUGUAUUGUUGUAAGCAGGGUUUCCCCUGGGUCAAUUAUUUUUUUCGCCACCUCUUUCGCCAAAACAAUAUAUUUUUCGCCACUUUAUUAUUUUUUUCGCCAAAUAUAUUUUUCCUUUAAAAUUUUCUUUUUUUCCAGCACCCCCCCCCCCCCCC